AUGAAAUCCCUGAGUCUCUCCCCGGAUGAAAUCACGUACACGAGCCUCAUCGAGAGCUGCACGAGAUCGGGCGACGUCACAGGCGCUGACGACUGGCUGAGGACCAUGGUCGAGGCCCAACUGACCCCGGAUGAGGUUGCCUACACCUCUGUCCUGACAGGAUUUGCUCGCGCUUCCGAUGUUGUAGAGGCACAGCGAGUGCUCUGCGACAUCAGAUCAUCACAACUUGAGCCCGACCUGGUCGCGUAUACCGCCCUGGCCAGUGCAUCCGCGAGGGCUGGCGAUCCAGAGGGUAUUCAGACGGUCUUCCGUGAUAUCUAUGCUGCCGCCUUGCAACCGAACCUGCUUACGUGGACCGCCGCUAUCGCCGCCUGUGCACGGGCCCGGCCACCCCGCCCACGAGAAGCAGAACGAGCUUUCCAAUCGAUGAUCCGGCAAUCUCUCGAGCCGGAUGAGGUUGCGCUUCGGAGGCUCGAGGAGGCCGUCGGACCCCAUCGUGUUGCUGUGCUUUGCCGCGGGCUGCGACUUCCAGGUGACGUGGUGAAGAGCACGCGAACCAAAAGAGCUGUCACGCACAGCCACGACUUGCCCCUGAUGACGGAUGCUUUGCGAGAUGUCUACUACGCCUUUGCAGGCGGUUCGGAAAUGGAUGGGCGUGCCUUUGUCAAAUGCCUCAAGGACUCAGGCCCAGGGGCAGGGCUAGGGUGUUAA